AUGAUACUGAUCGACGGCGAUGGCAUGAUUUUUUGUGAAAAAUACCUUUGCGAAGGCGAACAAGGUGGCCGUCGAGCUGCUUUUGAUCUCUCCGCUGCCGUCCAGAGAUACGUUGACAACGAGUGUAACGAUAUCCCCUACGGAGCACGCAUUGUGUGCCGCAUCUAUGCGAAUGUGCGGGGCCUCGGUGACGUGCUUGUGUGCAAAGGAAUCUACCGAGAUAUCCUCGAGUUUGAGGAGUUCGUGCGCGGUUUCACGCAGGGCAAAACACUGUUCGACUUCAUUGACGUCGGCGCGGGAAAAGAUCGUGCUGACGAGAAGAUCAUAGAAUCAUGUCUACUAUACGGUCAAGACUAUCAUUGCCGUCGGGUUCUCUUCGGUUGCUCGCACGAUAACGGCUACGCACGAAUGCUAGAGGAAUGCUCCGAUCGUCCUGAGCUGGUCAACAAGAUCAUUCUCCUCGAAGGCGUCCCGUUCGAGAAAGAGCUCGUGAACCUGCCAUACGAUACAAGAAAAUUCCCUGGAAUUUUCCGCGACACCAAGGUCGUGGUUUGGGGAGCUGGUCCUAUGUACAGUGGCGGUCUUCCACCAGCGUUUGUUCCUGCCGGCAGGGCCGAUUUCAAUGACAGCUCAAAGGCAUCUGUAUCAUCGACAGGUCUGCCUAUCAGGUUCCCACCACCAGCAAAGAUUCCACUCAUGGAUAGCCCUUUGCCAAGCCGGGCUACGAUAAUGACCUUGCCUAGAACGCCAUCAACAUCGACACUGGCCUCGGACGGCAUGAUUCCAGCUAUCAAACCAGCGCCACCGAUGAACUGGGCCGCUAAGGCUGCUGCUCCACCACCACCACUUAUUACACACUCGUCACCCACGUAUAAGUCGGCCAACCGUGAAGAAGUCAUUUCCCGCAACCGCGCCGGCCAACGCAUCGACCCACCAUGCAAGGACUACGAUAAGAUCGAAGUGGAUCGCGUCAAGAAGAUCAAGAUGUGCAACGUCCAUUUCCUCCGGAACGAGUGCCCUUACGAAACAAACUGUACGCACCUCCACGCCUACAAGCCCACUGCCAGCGAAGUGUCUACCCUCCGUCUCGUCGCUCGCAUGGCACCUUGCAGCAACGGUAGUGGCUGCCAGGAUAUUCGGUGUAUCUAUGGCCACUGCUGUCCAGCGCCUCAUCACAAGACUCAUCAUGUCAAGGGCACGAAGAGCUGCAUUUUCGGCGACUCGUGCAAAUUUCCGGUUGAGCUGCAUGAUAUCGACACCAACGUAGUCAAGACCUUGGUUAUUCGCUAG